AGGCCCACUAUAAUUAUUGUAUAUUGGCCAAUUAGCCUACUAGGGCCUAUAUGAAAUAAGGUUCAAACAUUGAUUGCAAUUUUUUACAUUAUCCCACACUUAUCCCUUCUUUCAUACUGGUCUUUUUGGUUAUCUCUAAAUAGCUUGGUACCCGAUUGGUAAUGCAACAAUUAAUUUAUAAACAAUUGUUGUUGAGACAAAUAUCUCUUGGCCCUCAAACAAACAGUAAAAAGGGAGUAGGGUUUUCACGGUCUUUGAAUCAACAACAUUAUUCCAGUGUUAUUCUGUCCAGUGCUGUUUGGUUGAGUCAGACAACAUGUUUACUCCCUACUGCAAAAACAGGCAGUUAUUGUUGAUCCAGCAGCCCUGAUCCAGGUUGACCGGGCCGUGCACUCGGUCACACUAGCACUUAACAUUUUCAGUCUAAUUAUCAGCAGGCGUUUCAAAUUGAGCUUGUACUGCUUUCACAUAGAGAUGUGGCAUUUUGCGAGUCGGAUGCACUAAAUUAAUUUGUUGUCUUUUUUAUGUGUGAUGCUAAAGCCAACUAAGCAUUCUGUGUUGAUUGUUGAUGAUCAUUUAAUCUAUGACUUUUUGCAUUACAAAAUAAUAUUUAUGUUUGAAUAGACAACAUUUGCUUCAUUUAAAACAAGAUCCAACAGAUUACAGCUACUGUAAAUCUGUACCAGUGGUGGAAAAGUCCUCAGAUCUUUAGGGGUUAGGGUUAACCGGGUUAACCGGGUUCAACCCUAACCCUAACCCGGUUAACCCUAACCUAAAAGUAGUGAUACCAGAUCUUAGAAAUACUCAGUAACAAUUAAAAGCAUUCAAAACAUUUCUUGGUUUGGAAUUAUUAGCAUACAGUUGACUUAAAGUUUCAAAAAUAAAAGUACUCAUUAUGCAGAACUACCUGUUUCAGUCGUACUGGUAUAUUUUUGAUACUUUUUUGUCUGCAUCAAUGCUUCAGCUGGUAAAAGUGAAUGUGCAUGCACUUAGUUACUUUCCACCACUGCGCUGUAUGAGUCAUUAACAGAAACAACAUCCACAUGACUGUAUCUUGUCAGCAAUUAUACAAAUAUUUCUGGGAUGCUCUCUACAUUGCUCCCAGCCUACACUCCUUCUGAAUACAAUGUUGAAUCAAGUGUUAGAUCACUGUGAGACAACCACAGUUCUGAGUAAGAUCCUGACACAGGAGGACAUCAGCCACCAGCACGUACAGAAUGCAAAGAGGUGUGUCUGAUCCUAAGUGUCGCCAGAGUCACACCAGGGUGAGGGAUUCCAGCUCUGGCUUCUGCUGCUCCUAUCCUCGAAGGGCAGAGUUCCCUCUCAUCAGAGCUCUGCGAGAUUCAUUAGUUAGCUGAGCAGCCCAUCAGCCAGCUCGCUGGCCAGGUGGUAUGGUGGUAGGAGACCCAAAUAAACUGCCAGAUGGCAGAGGCCAACUGCGUCGACACUCCAGGGCCCCUCGUCCAGACCAGGCUCCUCGUCCAGAACAUGAACCACCAAGGAAGUCCCGCAAGAAGCUCCAAGUUAUCAUCUGUGUCCUGCUUGUGGAGCUGUGUGAGAGGUUCACUUUCUUUGGGAUUGUAUGCAACACCAUUCUCUUCUGCACGGUGAAGCUGGGCUAUGAUAACUACCUGGCUGCGACCGUCAACCUGUGCUUCAUAGGAGCCAGCACCCUGACCCCGGUUCUGGUUGGCUGGUUUGCAGAGACCUGCCUGGGGAGGUCCAAGGUGCUCUACAUAUGUGCCUUCCUACAUUUCUUUGGCACAGCCAUGCUGCCUGUGGUGGCAUUCCCCUUCGAAGAUUUCUACAUUGACACUCACCACAUGACGCACCAGCUGGAACGUCGGGAGCAGCAGAUCUUGUUCUACACCGGCCUCCUGGCUGCUGCUCUGGGCAUCGGAGGCAUCCGGGCCAUCCUCUGUCCAAUGGGAGCAUACAGCCUGCAGUGCUACAACCAGCACCAGCUCCUGUCCUUCUUCAACUGGUUCUACUGGUUGGUCAACCUGAAUUCCACUGUGGUGUUUCUGGGCAUCGCUUACAUCCAGCAGUCUGUGGCCAAAAAUCUGGGCUUCCUUAUCCCCUUCACCUCUGUGCUGCUGGCUCUAAUUGCCAUACACAUGAUGCGGAACAAUCUCACCUACAAACCCAAGAAAGGUGGAUCAUUAUUGACCACACUGGGAGUUUUCUUGAACUCCCUCAAGAUGUGCUGCCUCCACUACCGUCACCUGAGCGGAGAUGUGGGAUCUUGGCUGGACCGGGCCAAGGAGAACAAUGGCGGCCGUUACAGCGAGACGCAUGUAGAGAACGUCAAAGUCCUGGCCAAGCUCUUCCCUCUGUAUGGCCUUCAGCUGCUUUACAGAGCCUGCAUCACACAGAUUCCCUCAGGGUACUACAUACAGACCAUGAACUCAAACCUUCACCUGGCCAGCCACCUGUUGCCCAUCGGUGCCAUGAAUGUGAUCAGUAUCAUCCCUCUGCUGCUCUUGGCCCCCCUCAUAGAGUGUGUGACCACUUGCUACCUCUCUGCAGAAAAAGCUCCUCUGGCACCUGCAAAAGUCAUCACUCUGGGCCAUGCAUGUGCCACUCUGUCGGUGUUGGUGGCAGGUUUGUCUGAGCUGCAUCGGAGGUCCUAUCCUCUGGUGGAGCAGACCCUCUCUGGGAAAGUUCUGCAGGUGUCGUCCAUGCCAUGUUUCCACCUGGCUCCUCAGUACAUCCUGCUGGGUCUUGCAGAGGCUCUCGUCACCCCUGCAUGCUCCCUAAUAUCUUUCCAGCUGACCCCAAGCCACAUCAGAGGGAUAUCCUUACACUUCCUCACUCUGUCCUAUGGAGGGGGCUGCUUCCUGGCAGCCUUAAUCGUUCAGCUGGUGUACUUUCUCUCUGGAGGUAACUUCUACCCAGACGCACUGCAUGAUGGGAACCUUGAGAGAUUCUUCUUCCUCCUGGCCUCACUGAUGGCGGUUAACACCCUUGUGUUUUGGCGUGUAUCUAACAGGUAUAUAGACCUGAGUGUGCAGGGUAAAGCCCUGACAGUCAGCCCUCUGGCUGAGAAGCUGCUGCACUACAAGGCCUGCCUGCGCUUCUACGACACGGUGGACCGCUCCUACACAACCGCCUCCAUCGAAUCUAUUUUAUGAAUAUCUUAAAUAUUAUCUUUGCUGUUAGUGGCGCUGGCGCUGCAUGUGACUAUGUCAGAGUCUGUGACUAUUCAAGCCGAAGUGUAUAAAUAAGGUACCUGGCAUGUACAUAUGUUUGGUGUCCCUUGCUGUGAAUGCUGACCGUUAUUUGAGUGUGGCCUGUACAGGAGAGAUUCAUUUUGAGGUACAUUUGUAAAUCAAAUUGUGAACAUAAAAUGUAAAUAAAAGCACAAUAAAUCAAAUGAAAUUACACAUCAUUGGAAG